AUGGCCCAGCUGGAGCGCCGCUUGUCGCGGCUGGAGCAGCAGGUGCAGCCGGAAGAAGACGACGAAGAAGAAGAAGUCGACCCGGCUACGAUGCCCACGAACUACGACUCGGCGCUGGAGCUAUCCGGUGGGGCGAUGCGACUGCACAACUACAAGGCCUUCAGCGGGGAGCUCAAGGAGAAGUACGAGCCCAACAAGGAUCUCGUGGAAUUGAUGGAGAAGGACUGGCAGAAACGGCGCUCCUUUUCCACGAAGAUGAAUUAUCAGCCGUACAAGAACACCUUGGAGGAGCUCUAUGCCUUCUGCAAGGAGAAAGCUCCGGUUUUCUUCGCUAAAGUGCGGGCUGUGGCAAACCGCACCGGCGGGCGGAACGUCGAGCCACCCCUGAAGGGCAUGCCAAGGUGCCGGGACAAGGCGCAGUUCAAGUACAAGGACAAGAACGGCGACAUUUCGUGGCACAGAUUGACCGACAUCGUGAGGGACACCAUCGUUUACAAGAAUCUGGAUGACAUGUACAAAGGUCUCCGAGCGAUCCACGAAGACGAGGAGAUCGACAUUAUCGAGUGUAACGACCGUUACAUGAACCCGCUCGACGGAGGGUAUCGUGAUCUUCAGCUGAGCUUCCGCAUCGACGGGAUGGUCUGCGAGCUGCAGCUGAACACGAAGUGGAUGUUGCACGUGAAAGAGAACGCGGGGCACCGGGCCUUCGAGGUCUCCCGUGAGGUCAUGGCAGCAGUUGCAGAGCCGAAUGCUGUGGAGAGGUGCCACAACAUCCUGCAGUGGGGCAAGGAGAACCUGGGCCCCAACGCCGACGCCGAACUCCAGGAGAUGCUGAAUGACGACAAGAAGGGUCUCCUUCACAAGGCGGCGAAGGCGGGCAACGCGCACCUCGUGAGCAUCUUCUUGGCCUUCCGUGCGGACGUGAACCACACGGAUCCCAAGAUGAUGCGGACGCCGCUGCACGAAGCCAUGGCGCAGGGCCACGAGCGGGCGAUGUGGGCCCUUCUCUGUUCUCGCGCCGACCUCCAAGCUCGAGAUAAGGACGGCCAGGUGCCCCUCCUGGAUGGCUUGUUGAAGCUUCGCCAGUCGGGAGGCGAUGAAGGCGUCGCGCGCCUCGUCUCCGUGGCCGUCCAGUGUGCAGACGGCGGUCUGGACCAGCUGCGCGAGGCGAAGGAUGAUCUGGGUGCUGCCGUGAAGCGCCGGCUGGUCCAAAGCCAGGAACUGAUUGCAUCCUGUGCCGGCCUCAACACAGAGUCUUUGAAGCCCCCUCCGACAGUCGUUGUGGAAACUUUAGCCACGAAGGGGGCCGAAGCCCGCCCGGCCAAGUGCUUUUUUUGCAGCAGCAAAGCCUUCCUCUUUCAGUUCGAGCUCGUCAGCUCGUCCGAAUCCUUCGACUUUCGAGAGGAUUGUGAGAUCUGCGCCGAUGGCAACCUUCCCAAGGUCCAGCAGCUGCUGGCAGAGUGGGCCGACCCCAACACCCCCAGCAGUGCGAAAGACGGUCACCCCCCGCUGCACGCGGUGCUGCUUCGACCGCAAGGCCUCCAGCCAGUCCACUUCGAGAUCCUGAGGGCUCUGCUGGACCUGGAUGCCGACCUUGGCGUCACCACGGCAAUGGCAGCUGGAGAAACCCCUCGCACCUUCACACUACUGCACUGCGCACUCCACUCGAAAAGUGGCAAAGCACUGAAGAUGCUAGCAGCCGCCGGGCUCCGGCACGAUGGGAAGCCGCUCAGCGAGGGGCUCGAUUCAGAGGCCCUGCGAAGCGAAGAGCCCUCGGUCUGGUCGAUGCUGGCGUUCUUGGAGGAGCAGCGGGUGCAGCUGCUGGACUGGUCCCUGGUGUCUGUGGGGGAGAUGUUGGAGCUGGGAGCCACUCCUGGCGAGGUCAAGGCCUUGUGCACUCAAGCGGGCCUGGAGACCGCGGAAGGAUUCCUCCAGCAGGUCGUGCUGAAGGGCUUCGGGCCCAAGGAACUGAGCAAGAAACUCCGGGAAGACCCCCACUUCCUGGCUCCCACACUUCCGAUGCCACCUUUCGAUGCCGUGAGAGAGGCCCUGCAGAAGGCACCCGCAGAUCUUCGGAACGACCGCGACGUGGUCCUGGCCUGCAUCAGCCACGAUGCCGCCUGCUUGGCCGAUGCGCCAGAGGCCCUGCGCUCGGACCGAUCCUUCCUGCUGGAAGCAGUGCAGCGGCAUCCCCGAGCCCUCGAAUUCGCCGCGGGCUUUCGGGAGGAUCGUGACUUCGUCGCGGAUGCAAUGCGGCUCCAACCGGUGCUGGAGUUCGCUGGCCCCGCACUGCGCAGCGACCGGGAGUUGGCCUUGGAGGUCGCUCGGCAGGCACCUUGGGCGCUGGACCUGGUCGAUGCCCAGCUCCAAAGCGACGUGGCGUUGGCCUUCCAAGCCACGCAGGCCUUGGCCAGAUUGGGCACGAAGGACGUAGACUUCUCCCAGAUGGCGGAGCUGCGCAGCGUUCCGCAUGACUCGAAGGUGCACUGCGCCUGCGCCGCUGGACCGAGUGGGCUGGCGGUGGGCUGCGAGGACGGCACUAUCCUCCUCCACGAUCUCGGCAUGACCGAUGCGUCUACCACAAAGCUGGUGGGACACGAGAAGGCUGUGUGCAGCCUGUGCCUAAUGUCUGAUGAUGUCCUGGCCAGUGGGUCCGUGGACAGCACGGUGCGCACCUGGAAUCUGCACAGCAAGGAAGCGCUGCAGGUCCUCAGCGGACACACGGACCUUGUGCGGGGCCUGGCGCGGCUCAAUGACACUCGGCUCGCCAGUGCCAGCGAUGACAAGACCGUCCGCCUGUGGAGCCUCGCAGAGCCGGAAGAGUGCCGAGUGCUCCAGGGCCACGGAGACUCUGUGUGCUGCCUCUGCCUCGCGACCACCGGCAGCCUGGUCAGCGGGAGCGGUGACUACACCCUCCGAGUGUGGAACCCCGAGACGGGCGAGGAGCAGCAGGAGCUGCGCGGCCACACACACUAUGUCCACUGCCUUUGCCAGGCCUCGCCGGAGCUGCUGGCGAGUGGCAGCGCCGACCAAACGGUGCGGUUCUGGAGCCUCAGCACCUGGACCACCGUGCGGGUCCUCGAAGGCCUCACGGGCUAUGUCUGCUCGCUGUGCCUCCUGGCACCCAACCACCUCGCAGCUGCCGAUGGCAAUGGCCGACUCCGCGUCUGGUCGGUCCAGAGCGGCGAGCCGCUGCACGAUAUCAAGCAGGCCCACACCAGAAGGAUCGGAGCGCUAGUAAUGGCGAAGGUGCGCGGAGAGCACGUGCUGUGCAGCGGCAGCAUUGACUCGAUCCUGAAGCUCUGGCAGCUGCAGGCUCGGGGCACAGGGCUGGGAGUCUUUCUGCUGGCCUGGGGCGUGCGCGGCUUCUCGAAGGAUCCCACCGAAGUGCACUGCGUCCCGCAUGACUCGGAGGUGUACUGCGCCUGCGCCGCUGGACCGAGCGGGCUGGCGGUGGGCUGCGAGGACGGCACUAUCCUCCUCCACGAUCUCGGCAUGACCGAUGAGUCUCCCUCCAAACUGGUGGGCCACGAGCAGGCUGUGUACAGCCUGUGCCUGAUGUCUGUCGAGAUCCUCGCCAGUGGCUCCGCGGACAGCACGGUGCGCACCUGGAACCUGCACAGCAAGGAAGCGCUGCAAGUCCUCAGCGGACACACGGGCGACGUGAAUGGCCUGGCGCGGCUCAAUGACACUCGGCUCGCAAGUGCCAGCGAUGACAAGACCGUCCGCCUGUGGAGCCUCGCAGAGCCGGAAGAGUGCCGAGUGCUCCAGGGCCACGGAGACUCUGUGUGCUGCCUCUGCCUCGCGACCACCGGCAGCCUGGUCAGCGGGAGCGGUGACUACACCCUCCGAGUGUGGAACCCCGAGACGGGCGAGGAGCAGCAGGAGCUGCGCGGCCACACAGACUUUGUUCGCUGCCUCUACCAGGCAUCUGCCGAGCUCCUGGCAAGUGGCAGCGACGACAAAACGGUGCGGCUUUGGAGCCUCAGCACCUGGACGACCGUGCGGGUCCUCGAAGGCCUCACGGGCUAUGUCUGCUCGCUGUGCCUCCUGGCACCCAACCACCUCGCAGCUGCCGAUGGCAAUGGCCGACUCCGCGUCUGGUCGGUCCAGAGCGGCGAGCCGCUGCACGAUGUCAAGCGGGCCCACAGCGGCGCGAUCCCAGCCCUGACCAUGGCGAAGGUGCGGGGGGAGCCCGUGCUGUGCAGCGGCAGCACUGACAAGACGCUGAAGCUCUGGCAGCUGCAGGCCCUGGGAGGGUGA